CUUCUGGCAGACAACGAGAGAGAGGAAAAUCCGGAUUUUACCACUGUGACUUGUUUUGGGGAAAAAGACCUGAGGUGGAGCUUUACUGGAAUCGUAUUGAAUUGUAGCUAGCUGGCUAACAUGCAGCUUUAGUAUUUGAAUUUGCACGAAAACGGGACUCUGGGAUACAUCGAGUUGGAAUUUGCAUGGACCGCCACUAUCUCGACCAAUUUAAUAUCCAUUUAUCCGCAGUUAAAGCCAUGCUGGGCUCUCGUCUUGCAGACAUAGCAGGUUAGCUAGCCAUCGCUAAAGGACCGACUCAUUGGCGCAGCUGAAAGCCGAGCCCACGGCGCUUUUGGUCGGCCUUAGGACCAACGCCAUGCCGCGGAUUGAAAUUGGCCCUUCGGUAGAGCUAACUUCAGGAAGCUAACGCUAGCUGGAUGUAGCAGGCCGCUUCAGAUGGUAGUUAUCGUCCUCUAGUCAGCACAUUAGAUAAGUUAUAACUCAAAGUUGAGAGGCGACUUUAACUUUAAUUCUGCACGUUUUUUUCAUUUUUAUAAGCCCAAACGGCAGAGCUAGCUAAAGCCGGGUAAUCUGCUAAUUAGCUAGCUAUUUCAUUAGCCAACAGUAGCGUCUGGGUCGGUGGUUGUUUACAGUGCAAGCAUGUAAAUUUCUGCCAGUUAAAGUUACCUUGGUAGCGUGUUAGAGUGUUGCGGUAGCUGACUAUUUACUCAUCAGACUAAGGUACAUUAUUUUGUGUAUGGAGUAAUUUGCAUUUGCUAGCUACGUAACAUUACACAUCAAUAGAAAUAGCAUCGCUAUCAUCAUCACUUUGGGCAUUCCUCUUAUAACAUAAUCUAUGCAAGCAUAUGACUAUGAAACGAGCUACAUUGAGGUAGCUCUUAUCUUGUACGGGAUUAUUUAGGCUGACACAGCUGUCGAAAGCCUCACAUAUAAACAAGUCUGACUGCGUGUUAGGUUGUGGUUAUUUAUUUCAUUGCAGGGUGUCACUGUAUAUCAUUCAAGUCAAUGUGCUGUUAUCUAGACGUCAGUUAUGUGUGUUGAAGCAGGUACUUUGAACUUAUCUUCCAGGAAUUAGCCUUACACAGACCCUAAAAGGCAUGGGAGUUGUUGACCUCCUGCAGCAUAGUGACACAUAUCAGCCAUUCAUUCAUGAUUGAUGACCUUUGAGGAAGCACACUGUCCUUUAUCCAUUUUCCACUACAGCUGAAUCCACAUCGAGCCACUAACAGCCUUUGCUAGAGCAUUUAUUUUUAACCACUAAUGUAACCAAGUAAUAAGGAAUACUGAGGAUUUAACUGGGAGCACUGGCGUGGAUGGGAACAUGAGGAGCACACUGUCUGAUCUGAACCAGCUUCCAAGCAGCUUGAAGAUCUGAUCAAAGCACAACAUAGAGCCCCAUUGUGUGGACUGAAAACUGACGUGGAAAGAGAUGAUGGGGAUGGUGAUAAAAGAGGCCCAGUGACAGUGUUGAUCCCGCACCAGGAAGCAGAGGAGUGUCACAAGGCUGCAGACAUGAGUCUCCGCCAGCCCACCUCUACACUGGACAGGGCAGCCAAUAAGAAAAACACCCACCUGUUCAGGCUCAGCAGUCUGACCAUCGGGGACUCGGAGCGCAAAUCCUCUGCCACCCAGCAGAGGGAGCCAACGGCCGACAUCCCUGCUGAGAGUACAGGCCCCGGUCUUGUGCAGAGAUGUGUGGUCGUGCAGAAGGACCAGCUGGGCUUCGGCUUCACCGUGUGUGGAGAGAGAGUCAAGUUAGUGCAGAAUGUCCGACCAGGUGGUGCAGCAGUCAAGGCCGGGGUCCAAGAAGGGGACAGAAUAAUAAAGGUGAACGGCUCGCCGGUGUCCUCCAUGUCCCAUCAGGAGGUGGUGAAGCUCAUCAAAUCUGGAACAUAUGUAGCUCUGACACUACAAGGACCACCACCUUCGACCGCCUCCUUACCCCUAGAGCCCCUCCCCACUGACCUUGCACCCAAUCAAAGAACGUCUCUGGGUGGGGAGGCUCCACCCCCACCACCUCCACCCUUGCCCUCUGGACUGAGCAGCACCCCUUCCCAAAGAAUCACUGGACCCAAACCACUACAGGACCCAGAAGUACAGAAACAUGCCACUCAGAUACUCAGGAAAAUGCUGGAGCAGGAAGAGGCAGAACUUCAGGACUUGAUGGAGGAGCAGCUGAAGAACCCGUCACCGUCGCUGGAGGAGCGGAUUGAAAGUGCCAAGAGGAGAGCUCACCAAGUCAGGGUCAAGAUUCAGCAAGACCUGGAGGGAACGCGAUCAGAGUCUGCAUUGAGCUACGUCAUAGCAGGAGAAGGUCGACUGUCAGUGGACUCCAGCGAAGGAGACAUGGAGGCCUUUGAGAGUCCCCACUCCUCCCCCUCAUCCUCCUUCAGGACCCCCCAACACCGACGGCAGAACUCCGACACACACACCCUGUCUGACUCGGGUGGAAAGGCCCAGAUCAUCGGCCCAGAGGAAGAGGAUGAAGAGGAUGACGGCUAUGCAUUUAAUGAGAUGGACGGUCCGUUUCAGGACAUCGAGUUGCUGAAGUCCCGACCAGCGCACAUGACCGUAUUCAUGAGAUACGUCUUCACCCAGCUUCUGGACCCCAACCCUCUGCUGUUUUACCUGUCGGUGGAGGCCUACCUGGGCUCCAGUCCUAAAGACGCCCGCGCACUCGCACCUCAGAUCUGCUCCCACUUCCUGGAUCCAGAUGCUCCCCUGAAAAUCAAAGUGCGAGAGGAGUAUCUCACAGAUAUAGAAAGUCGACUUCAUGCUCAGGAGGACAUCAGAGGACCUCUGUCUGAGCUGCAGCAGCAGGUGCUGCCGGACAUCCAGGACCAGAUACAGGACUACAGGAACAAGCAGAUGAUGGGUCUUGGCUCUCUGUUUGGAGAAGGAGACCUGCAGCAGCUGGAUGGAGACCCGGUGAAAGAGAGACAGGUGGUUGACAGACAGGUCACCGCCCUGUGGGAAAUACUAUCAAAGCACGAAGAGGACAGAAGUUCUCCUCUGGCGUCGGCCGUGCUCCUGUACCUGCGUCACUCUGGCAUCAAGCUGAGAGACUCCAAGGUCUUCCCUGGUCUGAGCACAGAGAAGGAGAAGUGGCUCGCUUUCUUAAAGACGAAAAAGCUGAGCGGCACCAAGAAAGACAAAGAUGGAGAGGAUAAAAAGAGGAAUCCCAUCCUGAAGUACAUCGGCAAACCGCGGACCACAUCCCAGUCCACAUUCCAUGUCCCGUUGUCACCCACCGAAGUCCGUCCUGGCAGUGUGAGGAACAUCAUUCAGCAGUUUGAGAAUCACACCGAGACGACGGGGGAGGAGGGAGGUGACGCUGCAGACCCCCAGAGGCUCUCCUCCAGCAGCCUGGGAGAAGACAGCAUGGACAGCCCCACCGUCUCAGUGCGUCUGGCACGCAGCGAGUCAUUGAAGGCUCAGGGAGAAGGGCGUCGGCGCGGCGUCGUCUCAGGGACGGAGUCAGUCCCACGGUCCCGUAGCGACGUGGACAUGGAGGACUGCGGGGAGGAGAGAGAGGGGCCGGGCCUCAGGCCGCUGCAGCACAGCGCCUCCUCAUCUGCAUCCAGCAGCUCUGCACGGUCUCUAGAGAACCCUACACCCCCAUACACCCCUCGGUCUAGACGCAGGAGUGUAGACUCGCCGUUGGCGCUGCUGCCGGACGCCGCGGCGCUGGAGGAGGAGGUGUGCGACGGUCAUAACUGGCAGGACACGGUUCCUCCUCAGCUCCUCGCCACGCUCAGUCCGAGGGAGGUGGACAGACAGGCUGUCAUAUACGAGCUGUUCACCACCGAGGCGUCCCAUCUGCGGACCUUGAGGGUCCUGGACCAGGUCUUUUUCCAGAAGAUGAGGUCUGUGCUGAGCUCUGAUGAGCUGGCCUGCAUUUUCCCCAACCUGCCCCAAGUCUAUGAACUCCACGCAAGUCUGUGCGAGGCGAUGAAGAAGCGAAGGGAGACUCCCAUCGUUCAGGACAUCGGGGACGUCAUGCUGGCCAGGUUUGAAGGUGCAGCUGGAGACGAGUUUCAGGAACAAGCGUCCCAGCUGUGCAGCCAGCAAUCUCAGGCCCUGGAGCUCAUCAAGAACAAACAGCGCAAAGACCCUCGCUUUGCUCACAUCAUCCAGGAGUGUGAAGCGAGUCCACACUGUCGGCGGCUGCAGCUCAAAGACCUGCUGGUGUCAGAGAUGCAGAGACUCACCAAGUACCCCCUGCUGCUGGACAACAUCAUUAAACACACAGAGGCCGGUUCGUCGGACCUCCCCUUGCUGCAGCGUUCCCAGGCAUGUUGCCGAGGGAUACUGCAGGCCGUCAAUGAGGUCGUCAGGGAAACUGAACACCGGCAACGUCUCAACCAAUACCAACGCAGGCUGGAUGCUGCCCCUCAAUUCAAGAGUCUGGACUUCUCCACCAAGAGAAUGAUCCAUGAAGGGCCUCUCACGUGGAAAGUCAGCAAAGACAAGCAGAUAGAGAUUCAAGCGCUGCUGCUGUCAGACUGCCUGGUCCUUCUGCAGAGGGGCCCAGACGACCGGCUGCAGCUCAGAUAUCCAUCCCGCUGGCUGGGUGGAGGCGGAGGUGGCAGCGGAGACAGCAAGACCUCCUUCAGCCCUCUGGUGAAGCUGGACUCGCUGCUGGUCCGCUCUGUAGCUACGGACAACAAAGCCCUCUACGUCAUCAGCACCACAGAGAGGCAGAUCUACGAGCUGGUGGCCGGGACGUCGUCGGAGAAAAACACCUGGAAAGAUUUACUUGAAAAGAGCAUCUCAUCGGCGGGCGGCUCGUCACCCCUGAUCAAUCACGGAUCCAUGCCUAUACCUUCUCCCAGUCUGCGCAGUGCAUCCCCAGUCUCAACUGGCAGUAAUGUGUAUGCAGACAACUCCCUGACGGAGCCGUCGGACUCCAUGGAGACUCAUUCCUCCAAUGACGACAUUGCACUCUCAGCUAGCACACCUUCGGACCAAUCAGAAAGAAAAGCAGCUGGCGUGGCAGAGGCCGCUUUACAAGACGUUGAAACACUGAAGCAGCUCAUAUUGCGAGAUUUGGAAGAGGACGGUUGGAGCCACGAUUCAGAUGACACGCCCACCAACGAGACGGCCAACGAAAGGAACUCGAUCGCUGAACAGCGGCGGCCAGAGUCUCUGGAGACGGUCCUCAGCUUCAGCACCCACGACUGGGAGGCCGAGCCUGAAGGGGUUCCGCCCCCGGACGCGGAGCAGCCCGGCGUUCAGGUCGUGAGGAAAGCUGUGGUUGCGGGUCCUUCUUCUUCUUCUUCUGUCCCUGACGACAUCACUGAUGAUGUCACCCUCCCCUCCGACCAAUCAUCCAAUCCGAGAGGCGAGGCCACUGCGCAGGGGAACACUUUCUACUUAGUAAUGCCUACAGAGCUGGGAGAGAGCGUCACAGACGACCCUCCCACCCCCACCGCUAGCCACUUCCCCGAGCCUCUGGAGAAAGCGAUGUCACCACAGACACGGCCGCAGGAGGAAACGCUCGCCCGCGGCCCUGAGCCCGACCACUCAGAGGCUAUGCAACUGGAACAGGGAGAAGAAACAGGCCAAUCGCGGACUGGGCACCAGAGCCACGUGAUCAAAAACGUGGACGAGAUUUUCCACACGAUCGAGGGGCUGAUGAGCAAGUUGCGGCAGCUGAAGGAAAUCGAGAAGGCCCAUCAUAAGCUUUUGAAAACUCUCAGAGAGCCACCUGCCAAUCAGGAGUCAGAGGACCAACAGUGUCCCUCGGCAACCGUCUCCAGAACACCAUCUCUGGAUCGCGGCUCAGGAGACGGCAAAGAAGGCUGUCCAGCAGAGCCCAAGAUUCAGUCCACUGGAUUCUGACAUCGCUGCAGGAUGGAUUUACUUGCUGUCUCAGAUUGUUGGCACACGGACGCACCCUUACGCACCCACUGUCAGACUCGGGCGCUGCAGCCCUGCCUCCCCUCCUCCCUGCAUGCGCUGGCCAGUGGCACAGAGCCCAGGAAGGACCGUGGAUGUUCUGUUUUGUUUGUUGGUUUGUUUGUUUUUGUCUGGGAAACCAGGGAGCCGGACGAACUCACAGGGAUUUCUGUGGUCAGCAGUCCAGGACGCAGCAAGGACGAAGUAUGCAGCAACAAAAAAAGGCAUAAGACAAGUUGACUGGCGAAGAGAAAGUGGAAAACUGUUGGAUAUUUGUGAAGGGAAAUUAGUCGUACGUCUUGCUUUAAAGAGCUAGUUGAAGGAGCGGAGCAGAAAAGUGUUGAAAUGUUAAUUUAAGGAAAAAUCCGAGGGACCCAUCACCCCUGCACUUUACCCACAAUGCAUCCCUCUGUCCAGAGUCAAGGACUGGAGAUGCCACUGGCCUCCGGGGGUCCCCUCCCCCCUACGUUGGUUGCUUUACACUGAGUUCACCUGCCACCACGGCCGAAGGACUGUGUCUAUAUAAUUCAGGUUUUUUGCACUGGGUAAGGAAACCAACACACACACACACACACACACACACUCAUUUAACCAUUUCAUUCAUGUCUGACCUUCAUGUCCCUGCACUGUGGGACAAACACUACAGUUACUGUCAUUGGGGACAGUUGCAGCCACACUGACAUUAUCAUAUUCAUCCUUAAGCCUUCUUUUAAGCUGUGUGAUUGCUCACUACGCGGUUUGUGUUGAUUGCUCGUGUUUAAGUUCUGGAAACACUACUGCGCUGUUUACUACUGAAAUGCUGGCGGGUUUUAUUUCUCGGCGCUGCUUCAGAGGCGUACAGGGAUCUCAGCGAUUUAAAACAAGCUCAGUGGAUUCACGCAGCUGUCCUCGUUCGACGUUCGGGAGGAUGUUUCCGGGCCGAGGUCCGAGACAGGCGGUGUCACCGACGAGCGAGAGGAAACGGGGCAGAUUCAGAUGUAGAAACUUGAAUUUUCACUGAAGACCUGUUUGUCGCUCAAUCAAAUUGCUGCCAAAUAUCACCGCUGACAUUGCCUGUCUACACUUUAAGAUUUGACUGUGUGUCCUUUAGCCCUCUCUCUCCAGUGUAUUGUGUGUGUAAAUAGCACGGUAAAUAUUGUGAACCAGCAACGUAUCCCCUCUCCCAUCCAAUGAUCCUACCGUACAUAGUGUUUAUAUCCAUCUAGCCCACAUCCAAAGCCAUGAAAGGACCGGGCUCUUCACCAAGUAGCUUUCCAGAGAUAGAGAGAGACCCCCCACCUGCACAGAACAACUUCUAUUCACUGGGAAAAGCUUUGUAAAAUCUAAUUUUACAAACUCAAGUUUACGGACGUGGUCCAAGUAAAAAAAAAAAAGAAAUGCUGUAUGCAAGUGUUCAAAGAGUUAAUUUGAAGGAAUAGUUUGAAAUUUCUGGGAAAUACGUUUCAGCAAAGAGCAGUUAACAUGAUGCUACCACCAGCUGCUGGUUAGGUUAGCUUAGCUUAGCAUAAAGACUAGAAACAAGGGGAAACGGCUAGCCUGGCUCUGUCUAAGGCUCUCAAAUUGAUGUGUUGCAUCUCAUUAGGAAGUCACCUGUUGUUUGUAUGUGUCUGUGAUUAAACGUGAGAUACAUCAGGUUGUCGUUUCACCCUGUUUCCGGCCUUUAUACUAAGCUAAGCUACAAGCGACUGGCUCCACACUUAAUGUGCAGAUACGACAGUGGAACCGAUCUCAUCUGACGCUCAGCAAGGAAGCAACACGCGUAUUUCCCAAAAUCUUUUUCUUUAACCGUUUUUGGAUCAUAUGUAGGAGUAAUUUAACGCCCUCGACGUUCAGAAAAAGUUUUUGUUCGUCUUGGUUGUAACCAGCAAAGACUGACACUAAAGCCGAGUGCUUUAUUAUUUAAGUUUUUUUCCUCGAACUCAAUCUGUCUGAAACUAACGCUAACACACACUCGACGGAAAGUAUUUGACAAGGGAAGGGAAGGGCUUCAGCUCGAGGCGUUCUUUUGUGCACCAGUUUAAACGUUCGUUCUCUGAUCGAGCUGGGCAGAAUCACACUGGACUGAAUUUUUAUUUGAGCUGGUUUCAAAUACAAAGCGAGGAGCUACCCGGCCUCUUUACCAGCCUCACGACUGACAAUACCAAACUGAACCAAACCAGGAGCCACUACCAGCCACUGAUUCUACUAUUCAGCGUGAUAUUUCACUGCCUGGUGGAAGGUUUUCGCCCUUUAGCCAAAGCACACCAUCGUCGAUGAGGAGUGUAACUUUGCAUAUGAACAAAAAAAAAAAUUUUUAAAUGAGAGCUACUGAGCAGCACGGCGGCUGACUUUAGCCGCUGAGCCUGCAUGAGGAAUUUGUGCUAAAAUGUGAAAAUGUUCAACCAAAGUGAAAUAUCUCUUCAGGGGUGAUGAAGGAAGCACUGUUUGUUUGUUUUCUCAACGUUUUUGGAUGCUGAUGUUCAAGCAUCUCAGACCGGGAGACUCGCGAUUCGUCCACGAAAAGAAGAAGAUUCUGUAGUUUCAACACUGUGGACGUCAUUGCAUAUUUAUAACGUAUGUGUUGGUCUGAGCUGCUUGGACGAGGAUCUGUUUCCACGCAUCACCUCUUCUUUCCUCCCACCUCUAACUACAGCAUUUUUCAUCUCCAAUUUCUACCUCUACACUUCGGUUUCUUUAUAUCCUCCAUCGUUUCUUUUCUCAUACCUUUAUCUUGUACAUUCACAUCAGCGUUGUGGCCCAAACCGGCUGUGAAAAACGAAAAAAAAAAGCUAUAACUGAUUCCUUUUCUUAAAAAAACAAAGCAAAAAAAUUUAAAAAAAAAACAUGUUGCACAAACUUCCCUGCACGGUG